AUGAGCAAUCGCGAUAAAUUGAUGUCUUCCCUGAACGAGGAAGAAGAAGAAGAAGACGGCGACGUUUUGGCGAGGAUUAGGGAUGGCGCGAAGGCCAUGGCGAUGGCGAGAAGGAUGCGAGACGGCUUGGCUUUAGAAUGCUCGGGGUUAGGGGAGUGUGUAUUGGAAGAGGUGGUGUUCUGCUCCCCCAAUGCUUGUUACUGGUUUUCGCAGCAGCAUGAGUGUUCCGGUGGCGAGUCACGGUCGCGCAUUGUUCCUGCCAGCUGUGAUGGAAUUGAAGAAAUGGGAAAUGGUAACAAAUGUGAAUCAACAAAAGUGAGAGAUAAGGAAUAUGGUCCCAGAAUAAUUGUUGGAAGUAUCAAGCCCAUUAACAAGGGUGAGGACAUAUCUGUUGCUUACACUGACUUGUUGCAACCUAAGGUGAUGAGGCAGUUAGAGUUAUGGUUGAAGUAUCGCUUUUCUUGUUCCUGUCAGCGAUGUAAUGCAUGGCCCCCAAGUUAUGUGGAUCAUACUUUGCAGGAAAUUUCUGUUGUCAAUUGUAAUUGUGCCAACUUGAGUUCUGAUCACAGAUAUGAGGCCAUGACAAGGUUGACUGACUAUGUAGAUGAUGCCAUAACUGAAUAUUUGACAUUUGGUAAUCCCAAAUCUUGCUGUGAGAAGCUUGAGAACUUGCUUACUUAUGGUCUCCUUGAUGGGCAGUUUGAAUCAAAAGAAGAAAAAUCAAAGCAACAAUUUUGGUUGCAUCAGCUCCACCAUCUCUCUUUGAGUGCCUACACCACACUGGCAUCUGCCUAUAAAACCCGUGCAAGUGAUUUGUUGGCAGUGGAUCCGAAAAUGGACACACUCAACACAUAUACUCUUUGUAUUCUCUCUUUUUCCUCUCCCUGA